CAAGAUCACACUUCAGCUCAUAUUCCUCAGAAAACACACAUUAGCGAUAUAAAAAGCCACUUCAACCUCCUCAUAUGUUUGUUUGACGAAGCGUUGUCAUCUGACUGAAAGCAAAUUACUUUCUGAUCUUCUGACAAAAACAGACAACAGUAUUUUCAGCAUCUGUUCUUCAUCUGAGGGGUUUGACCGGAUCAAGAUGCUGCUGAUCGUUGAAGCUCUUCUUCUCAUUUUAUCUGCUCCAGGACAGGAUCACAGAGCUGCUGUUGAAGGACAGAUAUUGGAUAUGGCACCGAAUUCUGUUGAUGACUAUUAUUACGGCUGUAGAGAGAACAUGGCUAAAAAUGUGAAGAAAAAGUAUCUAAAUAAGGAAUGCGAUAACUCUGAAUUUGAAAAAAAUGAAUUUAAAAAAGCUUGGGAUGUAGGUAAAAAAGCUUUGGAUCAGAAAAUAUCGAAACAUGAUACCUUGAAAUGUAACUUCAUUGCUAUUUAUGUGUACACUGACACAGCUUUUAACAUAUAUGAUAAAUUCAAUCAUGAUGCUCGUAAUGGAAAACAAAACUACAAAGACGGGACGUACAAAUGGUAUUCAUUUCAAUUUCUAUUAACAGAAGCGAUAGAGAUUCUGAGGAAAAAACAAAAUAGAUGCUUUAACACCUUUCGUGGUACAAAACUUACAUUUAAUGGGUUUGCUUUUCCAAGCAUUCGUUUUGGCUCGUUUACAUCCUCCUCUCUUGAUCGUAACAUAGCAAAACGUUUUGGAACUAAAUCUUGUUUUGAAAUCCGCACUUGUUUAGGUGCUGAUGUGACAAAAUAUUCUAAGCUUCCUUAUGAGAAAGAAGUGCUGAUUCCUCCUUAUGAAAUGUUUAAAGUCACUGCUGUCAGGACAAGAAUAUAUCAGAAUGAUCUCUGGUGUGACACUGUGUUCACUUUGGAAAGCUUUGGAACAAGAAGUGAACUGAACUGUGCUCUAUGCAAGAAAGAACACAACGAAGUACAGUGUUUGCUGAACAAAGUGCUUUGAAAUUACAUGAUAUAACCAUGUUCAUCAGUUCAGGACCUCUAGUGUGACAUUGUGUUUACUUUGAAAAGCUAUAGAAAAAUAAGCAAUCUGAACUGUGCAGUAGAAUCCAACAAUGAAAAACUAGUUGCUUUCUUUAACAGUGUAACAAUUUUAACAUUAUUUUGUUGUGUGUUAACCUGUAGAUACUGUAUGUUUCUCAUUAUCAAACACUGAUUGUCUUGCUUUAUUGAGUCACAGCAUUAUUUUGUCUGAUUGCACAAUUAGUUUCACAUGGUAAACUUCAGAAAAUUAUAGUGCUUAAUUUUUGUUUUUUGUCAGUUUCAACUUCUAUCAUCCAAAUAAAUCUCUUUGAUAAACAAAA